AUGAAGUACAUUCAUUCCGAGGAGACCCUGGAGAUCCCAGAGGGAGUCAAGGUCCAGAUCAAGGCCCGACAGGUCACUGUCGAGGGACCUCGGGGCAAGCUGGUCAAGGACCUGUCCCACAUCGCCGUCAGCUUCUCGACGCCCAAGAAGAACGUCAUCGCCAUCCACAUCCACCAUGGUGUCCGCAAGAACGUCGCCGCCCUCCGAACCGUCCGCACCAUCAUCAACAACCUGAUCGUCGGCGUCACGAAAGGCUUCAAGUACAAGAUGCGAUACGUCUACGCCCAUUUCCCCAUCAACGUCAACUUGGACAAGAACUCGGACGGUGUCUACGAGGUUGAGAUCCGAAACUUCAUCGGCGAGAAGCUCGUUCGCAGAGUCAUCAUGCAGUCCGGUGUCGAUGUCGAGAUCUCCAAGGCCCAGAAGGACGAGCUGGUCCUGUCCGGCAACUCCCUCGAGGCUGUCUCCCAGUCCGCCGCAGACAUCCAGCAGAUCUGCCGGGUGCGAAACAAGGAUAUCCGAAAGUUCCUUGACGGUAUGUACGUCUCGGAGAAGGGCAACGUCGUCGAGGAUGCGGCGUAA